AUGUCGGAGCCACCUGCAAAGCGUGCUCGCCGAGCCGACAGCUCUACUAUGUGGGAUUUGAGUGAUAAACCUCGUGCCCCAGGGCAAGGGUCUGACCGCGAUCGCAGACGUUCACCAGCCCUCCGAGAUGACCGACGCGACGGUCGGUAUCGCUCUCGCUCACGAGAACGCAAAGAUGGAAGGCGAGAACGGAGCUGGUCUCGAGAUCGCCGCGACCGGGAUCGACGAGAUGGAGACAAAGAUGGGCGUGGGGCCCAGGACCGAAAGAGGAGCACCAGCCGGGAUCGCAACCAGGAUAAACGAGGUAAUGCACCUAGAACUGUUAAGUUCCGCGAACGUUCCCGCUCCCGAUCUGCCCAGCGCAAUGGCCCAAAGCCCCGGUCACCCCCUCGAGGCCCGAAGAGUGACCGCCAUGGCGACCGCAAAGAUACUCGGUCGCGAGAUGAUGCGCGUACGGCAACUGGCGCACAGGCAGGGCCGGUACGUCGUGAGGAUGAGAUGGACGUCGACUUUAAUGAAGAUGCGGAUGAGGACGAAUUCGAAGCACAAAUGCGAAAGAGCAUGGGUUUCACCAGGUUCCGGAGUACAAAGGACACCAAAAUCCCGGGAAACAACAUCUAUGGUGUGCGGAAAGAGAAGAAGAUCGAGUACCGACAGUACAUGAACCGCCAGGGCGGUUUCAACCGGCCUCUCAGUCCCUCGCGAUGA